AUGACAAGCAUAUUUCAAAAAUAUGUUCUGAAAAAUUGCCAAGAAGCAUCGCUAAAAGUCUUCCAAGGUUUUGGUCUUUUGGCGAGAAUUCUGUCAAAAAAGCAAUUAGAAAGGGCUUUAAAAAUACUGAGCAAUUUUUGAGAUCAGGUCUUUCUUUAAAUGAAAUUAAAUGUGAUUUAUUAAUGG